AUGGACGAGCAGAGUGCCAUACCUGGACAGCGAGUCAGUUCAAGAUCAACGAAGGGCAAGCUGCCCAAGCGAUUUAUUUCCUCCGACGCAGACGUCGGAAACCUAACACAGCGAAGACAUGAUGAGAGAGGUGUAAGGACUAGUGCAUCCGAAAGAAGAAUAGCCAAGGAAGUCGAGAGACUACAGGCGGAGUUGGACAAGGAAGCAGAAGUGGCGAAGUUGCGACAAGAGUCGAUCGCCAUCCAACUCGAUCUAAUGAAGAAGGCAAGCACGGUGGAGAGGGCGAAGUCUGAGUUUCGUCGCCGCUCUUCCGCAUCUGCUUACAGUGAGAACAGCAGCGAAGAUAGAAGUGUCUACUCACCUUCCGAUUUGGACCGACCAGUGGUCGGCACAGGACGUGGGUCUACACCACAGUCAGCUGAUGGACUGGUCGAACCGACAGCCACAGUUACAGACGCAGCGUAUGCGUCGGGUGAUGUUGAGGCAAACCCGGUGGAGAUGGUGCUUGGGCAAUCGCCAAUAGUGCCACCCAGUGUUACUGGUUCAGCAAGUUCAGAUGCUGAUGACGACGAAACAGAGGUGGAUAGUUGCAGCUCCGACUACAGCAGAAGGCUGCCUCUGUGGUAUGUUAGAGAACUAAGGAACAGAAAGUCGAACUCAGAACUGGCAGGGGACCAGCAGCAGCAGCAGCAACAACAUGUCAGCAGAUCCACACAGCAGUUUGUUGUCAGGAAUCCAGGCAGACUACAGCCAACAACUACCCUGUCAAGGGCAGUAAGGACACCAGCACACCCAGUGAGCAGCAGACCAGUGCCAGCAGUGGAUGCUGCUGUUCCGUCACCACCUGCUACUAUCAGUGCAGUAGGCAGUAGCACCACCAGUGGAGCAUCAGCAACUAGGCCGCAUGGUGUGGACGGUCUCAGCGCACAGCGCGCCGUAGCCGCAUCCAGUGCAGCGCCAACUCAACGCUCUGGCUUCGUGAGCCAGGCGUUCGCACCAAUGACAGCACUUACAGCAGCCGCCCCUCCGUUUGUGCCGAAGCCCAGCGUGACGGUGCACGGAGCAGCUACCAGUAGUCAGCCGACAAUCUCGCGUGAGGUCAGACCCGGCCUGACAUACACCAGCACACCGGCGUAUCCAUAUCAGCCUAUGCCUGUACCACAGUACAUGGUUUCAACAGCAGCACCCCAGUACCCGAGUAGCCAAGCACAAGCAGUGCCAGCCCACCAAAUCGGACAGCAUCAGGGUGCCCCGACAGUGACGCCGGCCUACCGCCCGAGUGGCCACCUCAAGGCACUGAAGCUGCCCAUGUUUGAUGGCAAUGAAGACAAUUACGUGAGAUGGCGGCAGAAAUUCAUGGGACUGGUCGGCGCAGAUCCGAAUGUCACAGAAUACUACAAGAUGGCACGCCUGAGGGAGGCUCUCGCGGGUGGCUGUGCUGAGGAGCUGAUAGAAGACGUCAUGGACGGGCCGGGGGCCUAUCAGGCAGCCAUGCAGGAGAUCGAGGCCUGGUAUGGUGGUGAGGAUCGUCAGAUCGAGCGGCACGAGCAGGAAAUCAUUACGUGGCCGAAGAUCACUACCAUGAAGGACACUGAGAAGAUAAAGAAGUUCGCAUUGAAGCUGCGGAGUGUCCUGGUGAACAUGAGGUCAUGUGGUAUAACCCCUGGCCGAGAGCUCUAUCUCGCUGCAACGGAGAAAGUCCCGUCGUCAAUGCUGCUCAAGUACUUUGAGAAGUAUGAUGACCAGAAAUGCGAUGUACAAUCAUUCGCGGACUGGCUGCUUCACGUCGUGCACAUGAUGCGGAAGGUGGACGAGCGCCAGCGCAACAGCUACAAGAGCCAAGCAGUGUCAUCCAGCAGCAGUUCGGACAAGCGCCAGGCUGCUGCAGAAAGACAAUCCGCUUGUGGCAGUCAGAGGACCAAAUUGUCAGAGCGCCGUCAACACUACACCCUGACAACAGCCGCCGAGAGCAGCGAGCGGAAGUCAGCCGGUACUCCGAAGAGCUGCAUCAAGUGCGGUAAGCAGCAUCAACUUGCAGACUGCCAUGAGUUCGCGAAGAUGUCAGUUGCUGAACGCUGGAGCUUCGUGAAGCCCCUCAACAUCUGCAUCUGUUGCCUGAGACCGGCUAAGCAUCGAUCGGCAGAGUGUCGCAACAAGCCCUGCGACAUGUGUGGGCGGAAGCACCACAGAAUGUUACACUCGGAGAGAAAGCCCAGCGAACAGGCGCCGGUAGUUAAGGCACAAACCGCCGAAGGUGACAAAGCGGGUGCACAUUCGUCUGCUGCCGUCAAUGUCGGAGCCAGCUGCUUCGCGAGUGACAGUCUCUCCCAGUCUCAGCACGUAUCGUUCAUGACAGUGCCGGUGACAGUGAAGAAUGGUCCUCACGUCGUCGAGGCUACCGCACUGCUAGAUUCGGCAUCAUCCGUCAGCUUCAUCAGAGAAGACCUGGCCAAGCAGCUGAGUUACAGCGGAGAUGUCGAAACACUGACGACUACCGUACUAGGUGGCAAGACCAUCCGAGGUGACCGUGAGAGAGUAGCGGUUACUAUCACCCGACAGGGAGGCGACGAAGAGUCUGCAUUCUCUGCCUUCGUCCUUCCAACAGUGACUGGUGCCAUCAAGCCUGUCGACUGGAACGCGCAGAAACAGAACUGGACGCACCUGAGCGACAUCAGGUUCCCAAGGCACCAGCAGCAUGCUCAGGUGGACAUCCUCAUUGGACUCAAUGCGGCACAGCUUCACACGUCCCUGGAGGAACGGCAUGGCAAGCCUGGUGACCCGCUAGCUCGGUUGACACCACUCGGGUGGGUGUGUUACGGCGCAACUGACAACUCCUAUGACCAGCCCGAGAUGACAUGUGUUGGUGCAUCUCUCGUCAGGUCUACGCAGGACCUGAGACUAGAUGAACUUGUCAACAGCUUCUGGGAGUUGGAGAAGGUCGGCAUGGGUGAGACAUACUCAACACCUGAUGAGCAACGGGCAGAACAGCUAGUGACCGAGUCGAUUCAACACGAUGGAUCGCGUUUUGAGAUGGGCAUCCCGUGGAGUGCGACGAGUGGGAUUCCGAGCCUCGAGUCCAACGCAAAGCAGGCUGAGCAGCGGCUUCAGUCGUUGGAGCGCUCGCUCGCCAAACGACCGGCUGUGUACGAGGCAUACCGGAACGUGCUGUCAACCUACAUGACGAAGCACUACAUCGAAGAAGUUGAGCCCACCACAGCGGCAGAGGACGGAAGUGAUCAAUGGUAUCUUCCCCACUUCCCAGUCGUGAGGAAUGAUCGCGUGACCACCAAGGUGAGAGUCGUCUUCGAUGCGUCCGUCAACUGGGGAGGUACGUCUAUGAACGAGGAGAUGUAUGCUGGCAGAAAGACACAGAACAAUAUUGUUCACGUCCUGCUUCGCUUCUGCCUGGAGCCGGUGUCCCUGGUCGGCGAUAUAUCAGAGAUGUUUCUGCAGAUCCAGCUACGUCAACAAGACCGCAAGUACCACCGCUUCUUGUGGCGGCACGACCCGCAGCACGAGCCGAAGGUGUACCAGUUCAACCGCAUCGUCUUUGGUGUAAAAGCGUCACCGUACCUGGCGGGUAGAGCUCUCGAGGAGACCUCCAACAAGUUUGGCCAUCUCUACUCAGCUGACGUAUCGGCCGCGGUCCACGAUGACACUUACGUAGAUGACCUACUCCAUUCGUGUGCUGAUGAUGACACAGCCAAGCGUGUGCGCCUCGAGGUGAAGUCACUACUCCAUGAUGGUGGAUUCAACAUCCGCAAGUGGCUGUCCAAUUCUGCAGCAGUAAUGGCCGAUGUUCCAGAGGAGGAUCGUGCGCCAGGAGCUGUUGCCGAGGUGGGUGAUCACAGUCACAGCACGCUGCCAUCCACGAAGACUCUAGGUGUCACCUGGAAUGCUGAGUCCGACAAGUUCCUCUUCGUCUUCUCCGGCUGCGCAGCUGAGCAGAUGACCAAGAGGACAGUCCUGAAGGAGAUGUCCACAGUAUUCGACCCGCGAGGACAGAUCUGCCCGCUCACGAUUCGCUCGCGGAUGAUGUUCCAGCAGCUAUGCAUCAAAGGGUAUGGCUGGGACGAUCAACUGGACGAGCAUGAUGCCAAGGCUUGGACGCAAUGGUUCUCGGAGCUACCCUCACUCUCAGCAGUCCAAGUCGACCGGUGUUUCAAGGUGGCCACUCUCGACCCCUCCACUGCUGAGAUCCAAGUGCACACGUUCACCGACGCAUCUGAUGGAGCGUACGCUGCUGCUACGUACAUACGGUGCCAGUAUCCAGACGGAACGGUGAAGACGACGCUAGCCCUGGCGAAGGCGAGACCAUCUCCAAUCCGCAAGCUCUCCAUCCCAAAGUUGGAGCUGAAGGCAGCGGUCCUCGGCACGAAGCUGAGCCUCGAGGUGGAGAAAGCACUCAACCUGCCAGUCCGAGACCAUGUAUUCUGGACGGACAGUAUGAACGUGCUGUAUUGGGUCGGAUCUCACAGCCGGAAGUUUCAGACAGACAUCGGGAACAAAAUCUCCGAGAUUCACGCCGCUACCUCUGGAGCUCAAUGGCGUCAUAUCCCGGGCCGACUCAACCCCGCAGACCUGCCAAGUCGUGGAUUGACAGCGGAGAAGCUAGCUGACAAUGAAGUCUGGUGGUCCGGACCGGAGUUCCUGUCGUCGCCUCCCGAUCAGUGGCCAAUUCGAGAGAUCACUGUGCCAUCAUACGUCGGUGGAGAGACGAAGCGAGCCCUGGCAUCUGCGUUUGUCACAACAGCAGCGGAGCCUGCACAGUCUCGCUUGUCACCAGCCAGGUGCUCGUCAUGGAAGAGACUUCUUCGCGUGACGUGCUGGUGCCUUCGUUUCCUCCGCAACUGCAAGCAGGCAGCUGGAUCAACCAAAGCCAGUGCACCUGCCACAUCAGAUGGAUUGCUGCAACCUCUCCCAGCCAGCAGCACAGAGGGGAGUUGCGACUGCAGCGGCAGUUGUGUUCCAGUACCGGAGCUGUCGGCUGAGGAGAUGGUACUUUCAGAGAGGUACUGGCUCUCCGUUUCUCAACGCGAGUCCUAUGGGCGCACCAUCAGCCGUCUUGAGCGUGGCCAACCACUUGAGAAUGGCGAUCCGCUGCUGCCACUGAAUCCAGAACUGGAUACAAGUCAGCAUCCUGCAGUGCUGAUAGUCGGCGGACGGCUCGAUAAUGCUAGCACGAAGGUUACGGCAUGCACACGCCGGCCCGUGAUUCUCCCACCUAAGCACCAGAUCACCUCACUCGUCAUAGCAUCGGAGGAUGAGAAGUGUCAUCACGAAUUCGGAGUCAACUAUCUACUCGCAAAUCUCCGACAACGCUAUUGGAUCGUCCGCGGGAAGCAGGCAGUGAAGUCGCAUCGACACGGUUGCAACGGCUGCAGACGACGGUGGAACAGGCCAGCAUCCCAACUCAUGGGACAGCUUCCUGAGCAGCGUGUCGCUAUCACUGAACGAGUGUUCUCUGGCGUUGGCGUGGACUACGCCGGGCCGUUCUCGACAAGGCAAGGCCGUGGACGAAGCCGUGCCAAGCGUUAUCUCUGCCUAUUUACGUGUCUGGAGACACGUGCGUGUCAUUUGGAAAUGGCUUACGACAUGACGGCGCAGGGGUUCUUGAUGUGUUUCUCCCGAUUCUGUAAGAGGCGAGGCACACCGAAGGAUGUCGUCUCUGACAACGGCACCAAUUUCGUCGCUACUGAAGCAGAGCUGCGAGACGCCGUGGAAGAGCUGGAGCACUCUGAAGAUGUUGCGGCAGACAUGGCGUCAAACAAGAUCAACUGGAGAUUUAAUCCACCAAGCGCGCCACAUCACGGAGGUGUGUUCGAGUCUAUGAUCAAGCUGGCGAAGCGUGCAGUGUACGCCGUUCUCGAAAAUGGAGUGUGCAGUGAUGAAGAGCUUGCGACCGCAUUCGUUCAUGCGGAGGCUAUGCUGAACGCCCGACCUCUUACGAGUAUCAGUGACGAUGCCGAGGAUCUAGAGCCGCUAACGCCACUGCACUUCCUCGUGGGUCAUCGCGAUAUCCACCACGCCAUCGAUCAUCUGGAGCCUGACGGACAGCCUGAUCCACAUGACAGGUGGAGAGUUGUACAGCGCCUAACUCAAGACGUCUGGCGAAGGUUGGUGAAGGAGGUGGUUCCAACGUUGAACGUCCGGCAGAAGUGGCAGCAGAAGAAACGCAACAUCAAGGUGGGCGAUGUCGUCAUCUGUGUUGACGCACACACCCCUAGAAGUACCUGGCCACUCGGUCGAGUGGUUGCUGUAUACCCGGCUGAGGACGGUUGUGUACGCGUAGUGGACGUCAAGAUCCGCAAGCGGGUGUACCGACGUGCUAUCAAUGUCCUGAUUCCACUCGAGAGUGAGCAGUGA